AUAACUACUUUCCGGCAGGCGGUUGCUUAUAACUUUUUUUAAAACAUUAGUAUAGUAUAAAGACAUAUUACUGUGACAUGAUCUCAAAAUUAAAAAGCCAAUUCGCUUAUGUAUUAUGCUAAUCAAGUAUUAGUUAAUUGAUAUGUAUUAUUUUACUUUUAUUUGUUAAUCAACAAAUAAGUGGUUGAAACAUUUGAGUUAUAUCUGUUUGUUUAAUCGCUUAAUGAUUGUGUUUUUGAAAAUUUAACUAUUAUAGAAAAACCGGUUAAAUUAUGUCGAUUGGAAAGUUUGAAAUAGCUGUAGUUUGUUCGAGCAACAUGAAUAGAAGUAUGGAAGCGCAUGCAUUUCUAAGCAAAAAAGGUUUUAGUGUCAGAUCGUUUGGAACAGGUGACAAAGUAAAAUUACCAGGAACAGCACCUGAUAAACCGAAUAUUUAUGAUUUUGGAUGUUCUUACGAUGAAAUUUACAGAGAUCUUUAUAAUAAAGAUAAAUCAUACUACACACAAAAUGGUCUGUUAAAUAUGUUAGACAGAAAUCGACGGAUAAAACAACAUCCCGAGAGGUUUCAACAAUGUAACGAUAAAUUUACUGUGGUCAUUACUUGUGAAGAAAGAGUUUAUGAUCAAGUACUUGAAUAUUUUGACAACAAUUUAAGUUUCGGCAAUUUACCAGUUCAUGUAAUUAACAUUGACAUUCAAGAUAAUCACGAAGAAGCAACUAUCGGAGCAUUUCUCAUUUGUGAACUAGUGACUUUGUUGUCCCGAAGCGAAGAUUUGGACCACGAUAUAGACCAACUAAUAGUUAAAUAUGAAGAAAAAUGUCAACGGCCACUCAUUCAUUGUGUACUUUUUUACCAGUCAUAUGUUUGAGAAGGAUUUUGCUCGGUACAACAAGGAUUUUAAUGUUCUUUAGAAUUCUCUUCGGAAUACUUUUACCUAAUUUUUUUUAUUAUUAUAAAAAUUGAUAUGUAUUUAAAAUUAUAUUUGUUGACAAAUAUUGUCACUCCAAUCGCAUUAUGAAAACUAAUAUGUUUUAAGUGGGUAAAGAGUAAAACAAAUUAAUUUUUGUAACUAGUGUCGAUUGGUUGUGCCACACUUAUUAUUAAUGAUAAUUAUAAUAAAUGAUGAACGUGUAUACAAACGUGUAACGCGUAAACUGUAUACAACAGUUUUUCGUUUUGUAUAAUAUAAAAUAAUACAAGUUUUAAGUAUAAUGUUGUUUAAAAUUGUUCCUUCCAGUUCAAGACCCACACUUUAAUUGUUAUAAACAAUUAUAUUAUAAAUUAUUAACUAUAUAUUGUACACAAACAACA